AUGCCAAAAGUCAGACACGCACGAACUAAAAAGCCACCGGAAGGUUUCGAUGAUAUUGAGCCAACCUUAAUAGAAUUUGCACAGAAAAUGAAGGAUGCUGAAAAUGAACCACAUGAAGGAAGACGUCGUGUUGAAUCUUUAUGGCCAAUCUUUCGUCUUCACCAUCAACGCUCGCGAUAUAUCUAUGAUUUGUACUAUAAACGCGAAGCAAUCACCAAAGACGUGUAUGAAUAUUGCCUGAAACAUGGAUACGCAGAUGGGAAUCUUAUUGCAAAGUGGAAAAAGCCUGGGUUUGAACGACUUUGUUGCCUUCGAUGUAUUCAACCAAAAGAUACAAAUUUCGGAACUACAUGUAUAUGUCGUGUCCCAAAAUCAAAGCUUGAAGAGGGACGUGUGGUGGAGUGUGUUUUAUGUGGUUGCAGGAAUCUAAAAGUAAACAAAAUAUAG